GUUUCUCCCUGUCUUCACACAUAUAUAACAUAAGCAUCGAGUGUGUUUUUGAGGAAGAAAAGAUGAGGGGAGGAUUAAACAUGGAGUACUACCUGCCAAUAAUAGUUAUGUUGUUGAUACAGUUAAUAUUUGCAGGUCAGACUCUUGGCACAAGAAUGGCACUUUUGGAGGGUAUGAGUCCAAGGAUAUUUGUAGUAUACCGUAGUGCUUUUGCAACCAUUGUUCUUGCUCCCCUCGCUUAUUUAUCAGGGAGAAACUCUGGCUCAUAUUCCUUGAAUUUAAGGAGUUUUUCCUUGAUUUUCAUGACCUCACUAAUUGGCAUUACAUUGAAUCAAAAUUUAUAUUUUGAGGGUCUAUAUCUUUCUUCUUCUUCAGUUGCAAGUGCCAUUUCCAAUCUUCUUCCGGCAGUCACAUUUGUAAUUGCAGCCUUAGUAGGAAUGGAAAAAGUGAAUAUUCGAAGUAUAAGAACUAUAGCCAAAAUAGUGGGGACAAUUAUAUGUGUAAGUGGAGCAGUGUCAAUUGCAUUGUUGAAGGGUCCAAAACUACUAAAUGCAGAUAAGAUACUUUCAAAAUCAAUCAUGGCCACAACCUUAUUAGGAAGUGAUGAGAAUUGGUUGCUUGGAUGUCUGUCUCUUCUCGGAUGCACUGUUGCUUGGGGAAUUUUUCUCAUUUUGCAGGUUCCAGCUUAUGCAAGUCAUCCCAAUUACUUAUCACUUUGUGCAUGGAUGUGUUUCAUGGCAACAUUACAAUCAGCAUUAGUCACACUAUUCUUAGAGCCAGACUUUAAUGGAUGGAAGAUUAAGUCUCUGCUUCAAUUUGGUAGCGCUUUAUAUGCUGGAGUUAUGGGAUCUGCAGUAAUAUACUGUCUCCAAGCAUGGUGCAUUUCAAGGAGAGGACCUCUCUUCUCUGCUAUGUUUACUCCUGUUUUCACAAUUAUUUGUACUGUAUUGGCUGCCAUUUUGCUUCAUGAGGAAAUAUACAUUGGAAGCUUGAUAGGUGCAAUUGGAGUGAUCAUUGGUUUGUAUAUUGUACUUUGGGGUAAAGCUGAAGAAGUAGUUGAUAUUAAAGAGAAUAUAGUUCCAAAAUCUAUGGAAGUGAAAAUUGAUUUGGAAGAACCUCUUUUACCAGAUGACUCUACUUAGAAUAAAUGAAUAUCAUAUCAUAUCAUAUUAUCAAAAGCAAAAUUGUAUCAGGGUUUUUUAACUUAUAUUUAUUUAAAAAAGGAAAAUUGUUUGUGGACCAACGUUCAUUCUUAUUAUAAUCUAAGUUUGUGUAUAUGAUGAUCAUUGAAUGAUAUAUACUGUAAACAAUGUUUCAUGCCAGUCAGUGCCACAACAAGACCUCAUUUACAACAACGAGGUCACAAACUUAGAUAAACACAUUGAAAUGUUCAUUAAUUUAUGAUAUAA